GCAUCGGGCCCCCAGGCGGGGCGACAGGCAUUGGGCCCCCAGGCGGGGCGACAGGCAUUGGGCCCCCAGGGGGGCGACAGGCAUCGGGCCCCCAGGCGGGGCAGGCGGGCGCCGGACCCCCAGGCGGAACUACAGGUCUCGGGCCCUCAGGCGGAGCGGUGGGGCGCCGGACCCCCGGGUGGAGCGACAGGUCUCGGGCCCUCAGGCGGAGCGGCGGGCGCCGGACCCCCAGGUGGAGCGACAGGUCUCGGGCCCUCAGGCGGAGCGGCGGGCGCCGGACCCCCAGGUGGAGCGACAGGUCUCGGGCCCUCAGGCGGAGCGGCGGGCGCCGGACCCCCAGGUGGAGCGACAGGUCUCGGGCCCUCAGGCGGAGCGGCGGGUGCCGGACCCCCAGGUGGAGCGACAGGUCUCGGGCCCUCAGGCGGAGCGGCGGGCGCCGGACCCCCAGGUGGAGCGACAGGUCUCGGGCCCUCAGGCGGAGCGGCGGGCGCCGGACCCCCAGGCGGUGCGACAGGUCUCGGGCCCUCAGGUCGACAGGUCGGGCCCCCAGGCGGGACGGCGGGCGCCGGACCCCCA